AUGGGGUUCUCUCAAUCUUACACAACAAAUUCACUAGUAGUACUUGUUAUUGUUCUUGUUCAACUAAGCUUUAUCAAUUCUUGUUUGGGAACAAGAAAGCUAAAUUCACUUUACCAAACACCACCAAUGUCUCUAACCUACCACAAUGGAGCUUUACUUGAAGGAGACCUCCAUAUAUCUAUUCUAUGGUAUGGCAAAUUCUCACCAUCUCAGAAAUCCAUUGUUGUGGACUUCCUUCUCUCUCUAAACCCACAUGAAAAACAACACGUUUUCACUACCAAAACACCUUUGGUCUCUCACUGGUGGCAAAAAAUUGAGACCUACAUGAAAAGGGCGGGAAAGAACCCGACCCGGAUAGGCUUAUCAAACCAGGUCAUGGAUGAGCAGUGUUCACUGGGCAAAAGGGUGACAAAAUCGCAGGUUUCCGAGUUGGCUCACCGGGUUAACUCGGGACCCGGUGGGUUAACCCUGGUUCUCACUGCCCAAGACGUUGCGGUGGAAGCGUUUUGCAUGAGCAACUGCGGGUUUCACGGGUCGGACUCUAGACAGAGAUCGGUUUAUAUCUGGGUUGGCAACUCGGAGACUCAGUGCCCGGGUCAAUGCGCGUGGCCGUUCCACCAGCCCAUCUACGGACCACAGAGUGCACCACUGGGUGCGCCCAAUGGGGACGUGGGGGUCGAUGGCAUGGUCGUAAAUAUCGCGAGUCUUUUGGCCGGAGCUGUAACGAACCCGUUCGGGAACGGCUACUUCCAGGGAUCGGCUGGCGCACCGAUGGAGGCGGCUUCGGCUUGUACCGGGGUGUACGGUAAGGGGGCUUAUCCGGGUUACGCCGGAGAGUUGUUGGUGGACACGGCUACGGGUGCUAGCUAUAAUGCGCAGGGUGUGAAUGGGAGGAAGUACCUCUUACCCGGUUUGUUUGACCCGUAUACUUCGGACUGUUCAACGAUUGUGUGA